GGUUUGCUCACUUGCUACUGCUAACUGCUACAAACAAAUAACAAGCUAACAACAGUUUAGCGUCAACUUAACAUUCUUAUGAACAAGUGACAAAAUGUGGAGAGUUGCACUUUCAGGUUUUAGUUGUCGUUUUUGGGUGUCAUCAUCUUGCUAACUACCGUUUUUCUGAAUUGGGUCAAAACGAAAUGGUUGCUAACUAAGGCAGCGGUGAAUAACUGCCAUAGCUGUAUGUCUGGGAGAUGCUAAUGCUAAUGUUAGCUAAUGCUUAGCCAACGGUCCUAGCGUCAUUGUUAGCGCGGAUUCAGACAGUUGGCCAUGCUUACCAAGGAGAGGGGACAGAGUGACGGAUCUCAAGGACCAGAUUGCCCGCUGAACUUUUUGCCUCAGACAAAUCGCCAGGGACCAUGCUGACCAUCCUAGCUGCUGGGUCUGUGUUUUUUCCAGGCCUUUUCCUGCUGUCCAAACAAUGCCUGAAGUCCAUCCCAGCACUGAGAUGGAGCGAAGGAGAUGCAGUCAUUGUGUCUGCCAGGUUGGUGUCGUCAGUUCAGGCAGUCAUGGCUUCUUCAGCUGGCUACAUCAUUGCUUCUUCCUGCGAGGACAUCAUCGAGGACCAGCAUUGGCUGACUAGCACUUACAUCAUGUUUGCUGUUCCCUACUUCGUGUAUGACAUCUACGCAAUGUUCAUGUGCUACUGGUACAAGUUCCGGGUCAAAGGGCACGAGGAGGCCUCAGCAGCGCCCCAGCACAUGAGCUCAGCACUGACCAGCUACUUGCGUCGCGAGUUCCUCAUGGUGCUGCACCAUGUUGUCAUGGUCACUGUCUGCUUCCCCGUCUCUGUGUUUUGGCGACAAGGAAAGGGAGAUUAUUUCCAGGGUAUAAUGUUCAUGGCUGAGCUCAGCACUCCAUCUGUCUGCUUAGGAAAAAUACUCAUCCAGUACAAACAGCAACACACUCUCCUGCACAAAGUGAAUGGGGCUCUUAUGCUGAUCACUUUUUUCAUCUGUCGAGUCCUCCUCUUCCCUUACCUCUACUACGUCUAUGGAAGGUACGCAUCCAUCCCCUUCCUCAUGGUUCCCUUCUCAGUGCCAUGGCAUUGUAACCUCGGUGCUGCUCUGCUCAUGGCCCCCCAGCUCUAUUGGUUCUCCCUAAUUUGCAGGGGCGCCCUGCGACUAUUCACAGGCUCCUCCCGCUCUCAGAGACCACGCCCGACCACAGCCGCACCAAAGGAGCGCCAGACGGAUGGCAGCGCACUGCCCCAGCCGGCCAAUGGCUACAGCACGCGCUCCACAGAGCCCGAGCUGGCCACUCACUGAGAAGAGUGGAGGGGAAGGUGGGGAGGAAAGGAAGGCGAAUGUACCAAUGAGUAUGUAAAAGAAAGAAAGCUAUGAGGGAAAAGUGAGACUUGAAACAAGUAGCAAUAUGGAGAAAGCUACAGACGAUGGCCUACAAUAGCGCUGAAGUCUCUGUGGCUAGCAUUCAAACUCUAACAGCUAAAUGAUUUGGUUGCUGGCCUUCAGGUACUUCAGCUUCAGUUUGUAGGAAACAAAUGGAGUGUUAGCACACUCAGUAUUUAAAGAUGUCAUCAGGUACUGUGACAGACUGAAACAUGCACUGACCUGAGAGGAAUUUGCCUGGAUGUAUAGCAAGCAUAGGUGGCUAUUUCUCUCAUGUAGAUCAAAUUCGGUCCUCUCUGCCUCGUGGAUCAGGAAGAGCAGGAAAAUAGGAAUGUAUUAUAUUGUAUGUUAGUACAUUUGCUGUAGAUGGAAGGCCUCAUUCAGUUUAGUAAUGAAAAAGACCUUCAAAAAAGAAAAAAACCCCAGCUAAGCAGUAUUUUGACUUGUUAGUGUUUAUUAUCUGUAUCCUCUAUGUAGUCACUGUCACUCUAACAAAA